UAGAUUGAAAGAGCGGCCUAGGGUUUUAUUCGCGCAGUGGCACGGAUCGGUCGAUCGAGGCGCUGGCUGGCGGCGCGACUCUUCUCCAGAUUCAUGGAAUGCACAAGCUGAGCCUUCUCACCAGGACGAUUCCGAUCUCUAUUCCUUCCAGAUUGGUGUCGAGGAAUUUCCACUCCGGAUUGAAGCCUCUGUUCUCAAGGCCUCGGUCAAACAAGCCGGCGUUGUGCACCAGGAGUGUUGGAACUAUGGGAUCACUCGCAGAGACGGAUGUGCUGUUCUACCCGGAUGUUCGUCGCGAUGAAUCCGUCGCUGAUGAUUACCAUGGAGUUCGUGUUGCUGAUCCUUACCGAUGGCUGGAGGAUCCAGACGCGGAGGAAGUGAAAGCUUUCGUAGCCGAGCAAGUGAAACUCAUGGACACGGUUUUGCAGUCCUGUGAUGUUCGGCAGAAAAUGAACAACAAGAUCACCGAGCUCUUCGACUACCCCAAGUUUGAGUGCCCGUUCAAAAGGGGAGACAAAUACUUCUACUUUCACAACAAAGGCCUACAGCCACAAAGCGUGUUGUACGCACAGGAUUCCUUGGAUGGUGAACCGGAGGUUAUUCUUGAUCCUAAUGAACUUAGCGAGGAUGGAACUGUGGCGCUAUCAGUCUAUUCCUUCAGUGAAAAUGCGGAAUUUCUAGCUUUUGGUUUGAGUGCCAGUGGUAGUGACUGGGUUACCAUCAAGGUUCUUCGUGUUGCUACUAAGGCUCUCGAGCCUGACGUAUUGUGCUGGGUCAAGUUUUCAAGUAUUGCCUGGACACAUGAUCAUAAAGGUUUCUUCUAUUGUCGAUAUCCGACUCCCAUAAAGGAUGCGGAUGCUGGAACUGAAACAGAUCUUAAUCUUUCUCAGGAGGUUUACUAUCACUUUCUAGGAACUGAUCAAUCGGAAGACAUAUUGUGCUGGAAAGACUCUGACAAUCCCAAGUGGAUGUUUGGAGCUGAAGUUACUGAUGAUGGCAAGUACCUUGUGCUUUCGAUCGAAGAAGGAUGCGAUCCCGUAAACAGGCUUUAUCUUUGUGAACUCGACUCACUGCCAAAUGGACUACAGGGAUGGAAAGGCAAGGAUGAGUUGCUACCGUUUGAGAGGCUUGUGGAUAAGUUUGACGCAAAGUAUGAGGUGAUUGCGAACGACGGCAAUGUCUUCACAUUUCGGACAAACAAAAAUGCGCCACGAUACAAAGUAACGCGGGUGGACACCAGGAAUCCGGAAACAUGGACAGACAUUAUUGCCGAGUCAGCGAAGGAUGUUUUGGACUCAGCGCAGUGUGUGAACCACCAGCAAUUGGUAGUAUCGUAUCUCAGCGACGUAAAGCAUGUGCUUGAGGUUCGAGAUUUGGAACAUGGCACGCUAUUGAGAACUCUUCCUCUGGAUAUUGGAACGGUUUCAGGGAUUUCUGGACGAAGAAAAGAUGCGGAGAUCUUCUAUGGUUUCACAAGCUUCCUUACGCCUGGGGUCAUCUAUCGCUGUGACUUAUCCGAGGACUCGGAGCCUACUGUUUUCAAAGAAACCAGUGUGAAAGGUUUCGACAGAACCAGAUUCGAGACGAAACAGGUAUUCGUCCCCAGCAAAGACGGUACAAAAGUUCCCAUGUUUAUUGUUGCCAAGAAAAGUAUUGCGCUCGAUGGCAAACAUCCGGCAUUGCUCUAUGGCUAUGGAGGUUUUAACAUCAGCAUAACCCCGUCCUUCAGUGCUUCAAGGAUAGUUCUUAUUCAGCACUGCGGGGUCAUUUUCGCGAUUGCUAACAUCAGAGGUGGUGGUGAAUACGGCGAAGAGUGGCACAGAGCUGGUUCUCUUGGCAACAAGCAGAACUGUUUUGACGAUUUCCAAGCAUGCUCCGAGUAUUUGAUCAAAGAAGGCUACACUCAACCAAGAAAGCUUGGUAUCGAGGGAGGAAGCAAUGGUGGCCUUCUUGUAGCGGCAUGCAUCAACCAGAGGCCUGAUCUCUAUGGAUGUGCUCUUGCUCAUGUAGGUGUUAUGGACAUGCUAAGGUUCCACAAGUUUACAAUCGGUCAUGCCUGGACAACGGACUAUGGCUGCUCUGAGAAAGAAGAGGAGUUCAAGUGGUUGAUCAAAUACUCUCCUCUUCAUAACGUUUUGAGACCCUGGGAGAAGCCUGAUGGCCUUGGUGUUCAGUAUCCACCAACGAUGCUCUUAACCGCAGACCAUGACGAUCGAGUUGUGCCACUCCACACUCUAAAACUCCUUGCAACAUUGCAGCAUGUACUCGUCAAAUCCUCCAAAUCAAGCAACCAGACGAAUCCAAUCGUAGCUCGCAUCGACACAAAGGCCGGGCAUGGAGCUGGCCGUCCCACCAAGAAAAUGAUUGACGAGGCUGCCGAUCGAUUGUCAUUCUUCGUUAAGAUGACUGGCGCGGAGUGGACAGAGUAGCGAUCCAGUUUUUCCAUCUUUAUUUCCCGUUCUUUUUUUGUUCCUAUUUCUCUAUAUUUAUGCUCAUCACUGCAAGUUAUAUCCGAAGGAAGUAACUGUAUCGAUGAUAGAAA